UUUAUCAAACCUUUAUAAGUGACAUAAUUAUGAAUGACUAAAAAGUAUAUGACUUAAGAAACGGUGAAGUGAAUUCUUAAAGUAAACUUUCGUGUAUUAUAAAGUAUUACAAUAAUUUAAUUUCCUAAUUAUAAAUGUAAUUUAUUAAUGAUAUUAUGGAAGAAUCUAGUGUACAAUUGCCAGGAAGUGCAACUUUAGUAUUGCAAUCUGAAUCAGUAGAUAAUCAACCUAUUCAUUUAAAGUUAAGAAAACCAAAAAACAAUCACAAACAAGUUAGUUGGGAUGUGCAUACCGUAGAUAAUGAAAAUAUGAACAAAAAAAAGAGUAAAUGCUGUUGCAUUUAUGAAAAGCCUAAAAAAUUUGGAGAUGGUGAUGAUGAUGAUGAUAAUGACGAUGAUGAAUGUGACAGUUGUAUGGGUAAGAAAAAAACACAUUUUCUUCACAAAUUAGAAGCUGUAAACGAAGAACAAAAAGAUACUAUAUGAUAUAUGUAAUAUAAAUUAAGCUUGUAAUUAUAAAUUAUUUGUAAAUAAGGUAGCUAUUUGAGUUAUCCAGUUUAUCAUAAUAAUAAUAGUAAUAUACUUUAUUUUUAAAUUAAA